GUGUUCGACAGUCCCAUGGGAUGCAGCCUGCUCGUGACGCAAGCCAGCGGAGAGCCUAUGACGUUUUGCGCAUGCUCACGUUGAGCCAGAGAGCUGCAAGGAAAAACUACAAGAGACAAAGGAAUAAACAACUCAAGGAGUGGACGCGAAAACACCAAGUUAGAGGAACGAAAGCAGCCCAGACUGUAACAUACCGUAUAGAGACAGCCAAGGUUAUCUCUGCAGUUCUCACGGUGGUCUACUAUGGCAGUUGCCAGGGUCCUGCACUGCUGACCCAUUUAGUCCCAAGUCAGCUGUACAAGUCAUGCUGUAAGUCUUUUCCACCCUGAUGUCGGCCAAAAUGGAAAGAACUGCUCUGCCCUAGUGGUUUCUGUGGUGCUAAGCAAGUCUUUGUGCAAUAACAACAUGAAGAACACAGAAAGAGGAUACAAUCGAAUCUGCUUCUGAGAAGAUACGUCGGUUUCCACUUGUGUUUUUGUUCUUUUCACUGAUUCACUGCAAGGUGCACUGGCUCACCUUUCACUCCAGUAGCUACCUCCCCUCCCCUUGCCACUCGUCUCGAGCAGCUGAGAGGUUGCUGUGGAGAUGAUAGUGGUGACAUAGCAGCAGGAAUGGGGAGUACUCCAUGUUCUGGUAAGGGGAGGGGGGUCGGGGGUUUUCAGGAGCUGGGCUGUAUGCCAUGGAAAGUCAGCAAGCAGAAAGGAGAAGUAGUCGGUGGACGUGGGUCCGAGCUGGAGGAUAGGCCUAAUGCUGGAACGCCCCCCACCUCGUCACAACCUCCUGCCAUUUAUCACGAAAAGCAGCAUCGGGAGCUGUGCGCUCUGCACGCCCUAAACAAUGUCUUCCAGGACGGAGCGGCAUUCAGCCGUGAUGCACUUCAGGACAUCUACCAGAGGCUCUCCCCUAGCACAUUGGUCACGCCCCACAAGAAAAACAUGCUGGGAAAUGGCAACUAUGAUGUGAACGUCAUCAUGGCUGCAUUGCAGACUCGUGGGUUUGAGGCUGUUUGGUGGGACAAGAGAAGGGAUGUCGACAGCAUUGCACUGCCGAACGUCACUGGAUUCAUCUUGAAUGUGCCAUCCAAUCUGCGCUGGGGGCCGUUGCGACUGCCCCUCAAGCGGCAACACUGGAUUGGAGUUCGAGAAGUGGGAGGAGUCUACUAUAACUUGGACUCCAAACUUCGCAGUCCUCAUGCUAUCGGAACAGCUGAUGAACUGAGGAAGUUCUUGCGUCACCAGCUUCGAGGGACCACCAAAUACGAUCAUCUGUGCGAGGGACCCUCAUCCUGA